AUGGAGCUCCCAGAACACGGCGAAGAGACCACUGCUGGACAAAGGCUUCGAACAACCUAUCCGCCGGAAAAAUCGAAAAUUGAUCACGGCGAUGUCGCGGUGGCAGAGGCGGCAAAUCUCGUGGUGAUUCCGGCAGCAACGGGACAGUCGGCGGCCAGAUUCAAGGAGAUUCCGCACGUGGCUCAAUGUUGGAUGCAGGGACCGUCGGAGAUGAUGGCGGCGGAGGCGACGGGAGUGUUGGCGGCGGCGGGGACGGGAGUGUUGGCGUGGUCUGUUAUUGCCCGGCGCCGGUGGGCUCAGUUCGUAGUAAAAAAUAAGGACAAAACUGAUGUAAACGAUAAGGACAAAUCAUGUGAUUCAUUUUUAUUUGAAUUGUUCUAA